AGCUUUCUGCAUUGCAUGAGUUCCUACUUCCUUUUGCUGGUAUGUUUUGAUUGUGCUAACUUUCAUUUUGAUCUUCGUCAAAUAGUUAUUCAAACAGUGUGGAAGGUUGGAAAGGAUGGAGUUGAGGCAGGAACCAAUUUGGUGCCCGAUUCUGUACCCAGACCAAUAGCAAGGAUUUCUGUCACAGUAGUUGCACUGACUGUUUCACUCUUUGUACUCAAGUCUUUCCUGUCUACAGCUUUCUUUGCGCUGGCCACGAUGGGACUCAUAUAUUUCGCAUUCAUAGCCAUGAAUAAAGAUGAUGGGCCAAAAGGGAGUGGAGGGCCUGGAGGCACCACCUCUACGGAGGACUCUUUAGAAGAAGCGAAAAGAAUAAUGGAAAAGUACAAGUAAAAUAGGCAAAGAGUAAGUAUGCUGGUUCUCCAUUAUUCAAUUUACAUAUGCUACUGUUUUCUCCUGUAAAGUUGUGGCAGACAUGAGGGAACAAGAAAGGAAUACAAGUAUACCUUCUUUUCUUUUAAAUUGCUUGAAUCAUAUCUCAACUUUAUAGAUGCUUCUAUACUUUGCCAAAAUCAUAUCUUGAGUUCUGCAAA